UUCCCUUUUUAUAAACGCGGAGUGUUUCCACUCUACAAAAUAAAAUAAAGCUCGUCAAAACAAAAUCUCAACCUACAAUUAAACCAUACUCGAUUCUCAAUCCAAGCCUAUUGGAUCAUGUUCCGAUCCUGCUGUUUGCGCUGCUUUGGCCUCCGAAAUGCCGACGCCUUGCUCUGGCACUCCGAAUUGAAGCCCCACGCCUCCGGUGAAUUCUCGAUCGCCGUCGUCCAGGCCAAUUCCAACCUAGAGGAUCAGAGCCAGGUCUAUACCUCCCCCUCCGCCACCUACGUCGGAGUUUACGACGGCCACGGUGGACCUGAGGCCUCCCGCUUUGUCAACAGCCACCUCUUCCCUCAUCUCCACAAAUUUUCCAAGGAGCAAGGGGGAUUAUCGACGGAUGUGAUAAAGAAGGCUUUCAAUGCCACUGAAGAGGAUUUCACUCGCUUAGUGAAGAGAUCAUUGCCAAUCAAACCACAGAUUGCUUCAGUCGGAUCGUGUUGCUUGGUUGGUGCAAUUUCAAACGGUGAAUUGUAUGUUGCAAACUUGGGAGAUUCAAGAGCUGUUCUCGGUCGCAGAGGUUUUGAUGGAGAGAAGAAGUUAGUAGCGGAGAGGUUGUCUACAGACCAUAAUGUUUCGUCCGAAGAUGUUAGGAGGGAGGUUGAAGCUCUUCAUCCUGAUGAUUCACCUGUUGUGAUUUAUUGCCGAGGGGUUUGGAGAAUCAAGGGAAUCAUUCAGGUAUCUAGAUCAAUUGGUGAUGUCUAUUUGAAGAAGCCCGAGUUUCACAGAGACCCUAUUUUCCAGCAGUAUGGAAAUUUUGUCCCCAUGAAGCGACCUCUUAUGUCGGCUGAACCUUCCAUUGUAACCAGAAAGCUGAGACCACAAGAUAUGUUUAUUAUUUUUGCCUCUGAUGGUCUGUGGGAGCAACUCAGCGAUGAUGAAGCGGUUCAAAUAGUUUCCAAGUACCCAAGAGCUGGAAUAGCCAAGAGGUUGGUUGCAGCUGCCAUUCAGGAAGCAGCAAAGAAGAGAGAAGUGAGGUACAAAGAUAUCAAGAAGAUCGAGAGGGGUGUGAGGAGGCAUUUCCAUGAUGACAUUACUGUAAUUGUGAUGUAUCUUGAUCACCAAACAACAAUCUCCACUCCUAAGCAUAAGCAAGGCACAGUUGGAUCUACUUCUCCGCCUAUUGAUAUCCAUUCCCAUAACUCGGAUGAAACGAUGGAAAGUUCUAGCGACAGGAUCUUUCCCAACAAAGAAUCACGAGCAAAUGUGUUAUACUGAAUUACUCAAAAAACAGUUUAUGUUGUAUACAGGGUUGGUGUAGAUAAAAUAGAAUACAGUACAAAAGGAUUUUAGUUAAUUUUGAAGCAUAGGCUCUAACAUCAAUUACACAUUCUUUUUGUUCU